AUGGCACGAUCAACAGCUGGCAUGCACUUUACAAUUUUCUCAAGUAUUUUCAUAGUGAGCGUCUAUUCAUUGAGGUACAUGAUUUCCAGAGAGCAAUUUCCAUGUUUAUUAUACAGUUUCAUGUUUUUCAUGAUGCCAGCAAGUUUUACAGUGCCAAAUACGUUGAGGAGUUUGAGAGUUUAUACUCAGUGGAGAGUGAAUUGGUUUAAAGCUCAGAAUUUUAAGGAAAAUGAAAUGAGAAAGAAUGAAUUGGAUGAAAAUUGUAAAGAAAUGAAUGGAGGUGGUGAAGGAGAAUUGAUAGGGAGUGGUGUUGUGUGUCGAACGCCAUCGAGUCCAAUAUUGACUGGGUCGUUAACAUUUCCAAAUCGAAUAUUGGAAACUAAUCAGGACAAAUGGACAGAAUUUAAACAAUAUCUAGAUCUUCACAAUAAGAUUGAGGAGAAGGAAAACAUUUAUAGAAAAGCAAAUCUUAUUUUCCAUUCAAAAAAGUGGAAAACUUUCAUAUUUGUGUGCGUGUAUGGAAUUCAAUCUUUGAUUUGGUUUAGUUUGGCAGCCGUGGAGGAAUCUUUCUUUUCAGAGACAAUGAUUUUCAUGCAGGAAGCUUCAAUGAUAUCACUGAAAGGUUGCUACACAAAACCGCCAAUCAAUAUUGUAAUUAUCAUUCUUUUUGUGUUUUACUUCAUUAUUGAAGUUGUGGCUUUUAUUUGGUUAUUAAGGACUGAAAAGGAUACAUACUUUAUCAAAGGAGAAACAAUUAUUACAAUCAUUGUUCAAAUUACAGCUGCCAUUAUAUAUAUUUGUUGUACAAUGGAUUUUUUCAAAGUAUAUGAUCGUGUAUUCCCAACUGGCCUAAUUAUGAUUUAUUACUGUGGAGCUGAGAUAUUCAUCACUAUAACAUUACCAGUUCUGUAUGCCAUUGUGAAAGAUUUGAGAACAAUUGAAGUAUUCAGUAAUGAAUUGGAGUUUAUUCUUAAUAAGAAUGAAACUUGUGAAAUAUUGUUGGAAUAUUCGAGAAGAUCUUUCUGUCCUGAAGGUGUUCUUGUCUAUAAGGAUAUUACCAAAUUUAAACAGGCUAGAUGCUUUAAAAAGAGAAAACUCAUUGCCUUGGACAUUGUGAAGUGUUAUUUGACAUCUAGUGGAGUUUACGAGCUGAAUUUACCAAAUAUGAAUGUUAUAAGGGAAGACAUCUUGUUGAAAAUCAAUAGUGCAAUGUGUAAUGAUGAAUUGACAGACGACUUGUUUGAGGAGGUCCAAUUUCAAGCUCUUCUCACAUUGCAAGAUGUUUUGGAAAGGUUGAGAUAUGCUAAUGAGAAGAUUAGAAAGGUAUUGCAAGAGUGGAAAGAAAAAGAUAAUAUUCCAGUUUCUUCAAGAUCACCUCCAACAGCAAGAGUUAAAUAA